CUCAUCAAGUUGGUGCUGCAUGCAAGCUCCUGAAGUUGAGGUUAUGAUCUUUAAUUGUCGAACAUGAACCAUGGUUAUUUUGCUACAGAAUUUAGUAAUUUCUCACUUCUUGCUUCUGUACCCAACUUCAAGAGAAUCAGAUUGGAGCAGGUUUCAAUUCCUUCCUUUGCCUUCACAAAUAUGAAGUUUGAGAAUCUACAAAAGCUAUCUUUGUUUGCGUGCAGAAUCGGUCAAGCUUUUAGCACCUCUACCAUCCAGGUUUCAGAAGCAUUGCCAAAGUUAGAGGAAAUAAACACUGACUACAGCAAUGAUCUGAUAGAAUUGCCUGCUGAGAUCUUUAAUCUUAUCAAGCUAAAGAAAAUCAGCAUUACCAAUUGUCACAAGUUGAUUGCAUUGCCUAGGCCUAGAGAAAUUGGCAACUUGGUUAAUUUAGAAAUUCUAGGACUUUGUUCCUGUAUAGAAUUGCUAGAGUUGCCAAACACAAUUGGGGGCCUCCAUAAGUUGAGGAUUCUUGACAUAUCAGAGUGUUUAGAAACUAAAAGAUUACCAGAAGAGAUCGGAGAAGUGCAAAACUUGAGCACGCUACACAUGAUUGGCUGCUCGAACUAUUAUAAGUUGCCAUCAUCAAUCUUGAAUCUUAAACAUUUGGAGGAAGUCGUAUGCGAUGAAGAAACAGCCGGUUUAUGGGAAUCGGUUAAGCAUGUGCUCAGGAAUUUGAGAAUUAAGGUGCAUAAAGAAGACGUCAACUUAAACUGGCUUGACAACCAUCGUUGUUUACCUCCUCUUCUUCAGAAACGAUAUUGAGCAUUUUGUUUUUUUAUUCUAUUGUAAUAACGUUCACCUGUUUCUUCAUUA